AAUACCAUUCACUCAGACUUUCACUCAUCUUGCUGUGCUGUGCUGUGAGUAUAACAUAUUGUUUGUUUGCAGCAAAGGUAAGCUUUUUUUGUUGCUUUCUGACAGGUUACAGAAAAGUUUGAACUAGUAUUGACCUGGUCAUUGUUCCAUGAAGUUUGCCUUUCCCUUGCAUGUAAAUGGCCUCUGAGCAUGUGAUGACUGGAAAAUCUCACUGAAGAAUGGAUCUACUGUAAAUGCAACAAAUUAUUUACUGAAACAUUAAGGCAGAGAGUAUAUACAGAUGUGUUUGCUGUGGGAUUCAGAUGCUGUUUAAUCUCUGGCUCUGUGUUAAAGGACUUGGAAGGAGUGAAAUCCCUGCCAGUAGGAGUGCUAUAAUUCAGCUGAUUAACAUAACAUAACCUUGAUACUAAUAUAAUUUCUAAAAUGAUUUCUAUUUUGAGCUCUUCUGAAAACUCGAGGUUAAUUUAGAAACCUUUAAAAAGCAUCUGAAUAAAACAGAAUGAGAGUUUGCAGUCAUGAGAUUUCAUUUCUGUUUUUUAAUUGUUUAUAAUGUACUUUCAGUUUCAAAUGAUCACUUUGUUUAGGUGACAAUCAAACUCUGCAUCCAACAAAGCAAUGGUGUUCUUCUGUAAGAUCAUAAGUCCAACAUAAAAUAAACAAAGAGGCCAAUGUAACUAAAAGCUGUCAUGGAAGAACUGCGACAAAUUGAUCUGACAUACAUCACAGAGUGCAUCAUCAGCAUCAUCUGCCCUUCUACAUGUCCAGAGGAUCUGUACUUGCAGAAUCUGAAGAAGAUUAUCCCUAUGCUAGAGUCUAAGCAUGGGCACAACUAUAUGCUCAUUAACCUUUCCCAGAAGCAUGACGUUCUUACAAAAAUGACCCACAAGAUUUUCAACACAGGUUGGCUGGAUCUCUUAGCUCCCAGCCUGGAUCAAAUCUUUAAUGUGUGCACAGCAAUGGAGAACUGGCUCCAAGGUUAUCCAAAACGCGUCCUGGUGUUACACUGCAGGGGAGAUAUGGGAAGGCUUGGAGUUCUCUUGGCAUCGUACAUCCACUUCAGCAAUAUGUCUGCCAGUGCAGACCUCUCUCUGGACCACUUUGCCAUGAGGAAAUUCUACAACGACAAGCUAUCGGCUCUGAUGAUCCCCUCACAGAAACGGUAUGUUUGGAUGGUGGGCAGCAUGUUAAAAGGAGGAUUGAGGAUGAACCCAUCUCCGUCUUUUCUGCUCUGUGUAGUUCUUUAUGGUCUUCCCACAACAAGACCAAAUGAAGGAUGCUGCCUUUUCCUUAGGGUCUACCAAAGUCUGCAAGCAGUUUGCACAUCACCAGUCUAUCACGUUAAUGCUGCUCAGACGGAUCGGCUGUACAUCGUGCUUCAGCCAGCUCAGCUCCUCAAAGGGGACAUCAUGGUGGUGUGUUAUGAAAAAAACCUUCAAUCAGUGAGUCGCCAAGUUGUUUUCCGCCUCCAGUUUCACAUGGGCCUGGUGUUCGGACACUCCCUCUCUUUCUGCAAGGCGGACCUUGACUGUGCUGCUGCCGAAGAUUCCCGUUUCCCAGAUGAUGGAAAAGUGGAGCUGCUGUUCUCAGAGAGCCCUGAAAAGAUCGCAGGUAGAGAGCAGUGGUUGAAUGGGCGCUGUGUGACGGUGGACUAUGACACGAUGGACCCAUUAGUCAGACGAGAUUCUUUCCAGGACUGGGCUCGUUAUGAAAGAAGCCCUCCUCAUGUGUCUGAAUCUGGAAACAGAGAUUUGUACUCCAAAUUGAGGAAGAAGAGCACUGAGGAAGGAGCUCUGUACCCUCUGCCAUCUAUCAGCCCGAGCUGCAGCGACAGAGCGCCGUCAGCCAGCAGUGACUCGGGCCUCUCCGUUGCCUCACAGGGGCAGACCGGAGUCGGACCCAGAAGAGGAGCCACGCAGGACGUUUGUAGCCAGGCUGAGAAGUUGAUUUUUGGCGCUGAGUCAGAACCAAUCCAGGCUCUUCUGGAGGUCAUGACUGAACUGAGUUCUUCUGGUGCUGGAGAUGGAAAGGUGACUGGAAAUGAGUCCGGACUGGGAGCCACCGUCAAUGGCGACGUUUCAUCAAGUGAAAGGGAGACGGAUAUUCUUGAUGAUGAGGACGAAGGUUCUCCUUCACAGGCUCCAGACCCGAGCAGUGUUUUCUCACUUCCUUCUGAAAAUGUACCUGCAACUCAGAGACAAGCCCAAACAGAGUACUCCACUCACUCCUGGGUUCGACAGCAGCAGAUGGUGGAUCCCAUCCCUGAACAGGGAACCAGCAUGUCGAAUAAAGAGAGACCAGCACCUCUGGAGCUUCCUGAAACACCAACACGAGGAUUAAGCAGCAGGGAAGCAGUGAAGAGAGGCCUCUUAGACCAGGACAACAGACAGCCUGAAAAUACUACUUCAUCCUGUCAGGAAGAUGAGCUGGCCUCCUUAUCUACAGACAUCGACGAGUCCAUUGAGCAGCUGAACAAGCUGAUUCUGGACUUAGACCCCACUUUUGUUCCGGUUCCCACUCGAUGUUCUCCUCUGUCCCGCUCUGCCUCUCUGCACACCAACGGCCUAAGUCACAAAGGACAAACCCAUCAGUCAGGGUGGAAACAGCAGAAACAUGUCAGCGAUGUGGUGGACUAUGGUGGCCCUCAGAGUCCAGGAUGGAAAAGAGGUGGAGCUCAGAGCUUUAAAGGCUCCCCAGCCAACAGCCCCUCCUUCUCAACCUCCCAGCAUGGUCAUCUCUACAAAACUAACAGUGUGGAUUACCGCGGACAAAUGGACAACUCUGACUUCAUCCCAACGACUCCAGCAUUCCCAGUGUCUCCUCCAACGCCCUAUGUGAAACAUUUCUCUGAGUUUUCCCAAUUCAGUGCUGGCAGACAGUGGGACCAACACAGCUGGACACAAGAACCCAGAGGUUUCCUAGAUGGCAUAAACCACUCUGGUGGUUCUACAGACGGAGAUCUGUUCCGGUCGGACGUGCCUGUCACACAGAGGAUCUUUGGCUCCAUGAGCUCAGUGUCAACUAGCAGCCCCCUCCAAUACACAGACAGCUCCACUCCGCCUCCUGUGUGGCACAACCGGACACCAAACUCUUUGAACUCGCCGUAUCCUCCACAAUCUACACCCCCGCUACUUCUCAGCUCUCCUAAUGCUCACAGUUCCCCGCGGGGCGCUCAGAGGGGCCGGGGAGGGAGCUCAGGGGACCGCAGUGGAACCAACAGCACAGACUUGUCCUCGUUGUUGUUAUUGGGAAACGGUGGCCUGGAGCACAGCCUGCUGGAAGCCGUGGAGGGACUCGGGAAUCUGAAUCUUGGGGGAGAUGCAGGGAUUGCUCCCCUACUGCCGGAGAAGAGAAGAACAGGUGAGGUGGGAGAGCUGGGCUCACGAUCCCCCUCUCUGAGCGGGUUCUCCAGCCCGCGCAGCGGCAGCAGCCUCAGUAUCCCUCUGUCGUCGUCCCUGACCUCAGAUCCGUUCAGAGGACUUAGUGGGGCCUCGUCACCCGGAGCAGACUCUGGCAGUAAGCAGGACACUGUGAAGUUUGUUCAGGACACGUCCAAGUUCUGGUACAAGCCCGACAUUUCCAGAGACCAAGCCAUCGCAGUGCUGAAGGACAAAGAGCCCGGUUCGUUCAUCGUCAGAGACAGCCAUUCAUUUCGCGGGGCGUAUGGACUGGCCAUGAAGGUGGCCACGCCUCCUCCCUCAGUGGUACACCACAGUAAAAAAGUGGGAGAUCUGUCCAGCGAGCUAGUGAGGCACUUCCUGAUUGAGUGUACACCUAAAGGAGUUCGUCUUAAAGGCUGCCCCAAUGAGCCGUACUUUGGAAGCCUCACAGCUCUGGUGUGUCAGCACUCCAUCACCCCUCUGGCUCUGCCCUGUAAACUCAUCCUGCCUGAUAGAGAUCCUUUAGAGGAGCUGAAUGACGCAUCGACACAGACAACAACAAACUCAGCAGCUGAACUUCUCAAACAGGGUGCAGCGUGUAACGUGUGGUUCCUGGGUUCUGUGGAGCUGGAGUCUCUGACGGGUCAGCAAGCGGUCCAGAAGGCAACCACACUGACACUCUCCAUGGACCCUCCACCUCCCUCCACCGUGGUCCACUUCAAAGUGUCGGCUCAGGGAAUAACGCUCACAGACAACCACAGGAAGCUGUUCUUCAGGAGACACUACACUGUGAACACAGUUAUAUUCUGUUCUCUGGACCCACAGGGAAGGAAGUGGACAAGAGACAGCGUCUCCACAGCCAAGAUUUUUGGAUUUGUUGCCAGAAAAUCUCAAAGUGAAACUGAAAAUGUAUGCCAUCUGUUUGCUGAGCAUGACCCUGAGCAGCCGGCAAGUGCCAUCGUCAACUUUGUCUCAAAAGUCAUGAUUGGAUCUCACAAAAAGUGAUGGGACAAGGAGAUGAUCUGCUGCAUAAAGAGAACCUGAGGCAAGGAUCAAAUCCCUGUUGUUGAGUCAUUUCACAAUUAUGGCUAAGUUGAAAAGCCAAAAAAACUUUAAUCCCUGACACUCCACGCUGGAUUCUGUUGGUUCUUUCUGCAAAAUGAUUUGUGCCUGCACUGCAUGAUGCUUCCAGAGGAGGGAGCCAAGACUCUGAUAUCGUUGUUCUUACAUUGUUGGACAGACUCUUUGCAAAGUAAAGUGUUGACGUGCCUUCCAGCUUUGAAAAAACACUGAAUACGAAAGUAUAGGCAAGAUUUUCCAGAUUUUUAAACUAUUUUAUAAUUUAAAGGAAUAAAAAUAUAUUUCUUAAAACUAACUUACUAAAAUUAUAUUAGUUUUUACAUUAAUGGCAUAAUAAAAGUGGGUGUAGUCAUCAAGUUGUCACUAUUUGCCUCAUCAUACUUAUCAGAUCCUUAGUUUGACAUUUUCUGCCGUAUUGUAUAUUUGUUCUACAAUUUCAUGUAUAAUCUUUUGUUUCCUCAAAAGAUUUGCCAUUCCUAGCUACACAUAUUUUAGUUAAUUUUUAUUGUGUUCAAAGCAUAUUUUUCCAGGCGUAUGAAACUGCCACUCAGGGAAAACAAAAAAGAAAAAACAGAUCUGAGCUAGCUUUUAUUUUAAUUAUACCUGAAAUUAAUUUUCAUGUUUUAACAAUAAUAAUAAUCCACCUAUUUCUACAUAUACCGUAUAUAUAUAUACAUAUAGUUCUAGCAAUAUAAUUUUCAUAUUUGUACAGUAUAAUUUAUUCUGUUAAUCCAUGUAAAAUUAGCUACAAAGUGGUAUAUGUAUAUAUACUGUUACAACAUUAUGGUAAAAAUGUGAAAAUAAGUGCUCCAUGUUUCUUUUACCUGAGUGGCAGCUCCACACUUCUGUCCAAAUUAUCAGUGAAUAUUUAGACAACAAUGACAUAAAUAUCUAAGAUGAAAGAUUUUAAUCUGAAUUUGAAUUGUCAAGUUUCUUUGAUGAGCUUUUGUAAAAUUAAAAACAAAGGUCUCUUAACCAAACUGUAUUUUUAUAACACUGACAUUAAUUCUAUACAGUAGUGAAAAACAUUAAAACAUAAUUUGUACCUCAGUUUGAGAGUUUUUGGCAGAUAAACAGAUCUGCAGCUCUAACCACAGCUUUCUGGUAACCACAGGACAAUUAAUUUCAAUCAAAAUGAAUAACGACCAACAUCAGAAAAGCAACGGUGUGGUUGUACUUAAGAUGUAUUCUGUAUUACAAUAGUCAUCCUUCAUUAAAGAUGUUUAAAAAUCUUUUUGCCAUGCUAUUUUGUGUAUUAACACAUACUGUACAUUAGGAUUUCAUAUAACGGUCACUUUUUUAUUGUUCUACUAUAUGUUUGUACUAUAUGUUCCUAAUAUCUAAAUACAAGUUUGUUUUAUUCCCUU